AUGGCGUUUUACCCUCCCUCUUGGGUGCCUAACCUCCCAGAAAUACCUGAUUCAAUCAGCGUAGCAGACUUUAUCAACACUGAAAAAGCAGGGCGGAAGAGCUUUGAUAAGUCCAAGAGGCCGUAUACGUGUGGUGUGACCGGGGCUUCGUGGACUGCGGAGGAUGUUGCGAGGCGUGUUGACCUUCUUGCGAGGGGCUUAGCGAAAAAUAUCGGGGUUGAUCCGAAUGAUGGAACGGCGUGGGAUAGAGUCGUGGCGAUUUACGCCCUCAACACGAUUGAUUAUAUCCCCGUUACACACGCCAUUCACCGUGUAGACGGCAUCGUCACGCCGGCUAGUUCAGCGCACUCAGCGUCUGAACUGGAACAUCAACUCCGAUCAUCAGGCGCAAAAGCACUAUUCACUUGCUCUCCUCUCCUCAGCACAGCGCUCAAAGCAGCUUCUGCCGUUGGCAUUCCCAAAAAGCAUAUUUUCUUGCUUCCAUUGCCUGAAACUCCCUCUGAAGAAUCCUUCAAAACUAUUGAAGAUCUCAUCGAGGAGGGCAAGACGCUGCCGCCGUUGGAGUUAUCAGCUUGGACGCCAGGACAGGGAAAACGACAAGUCGCGUAUUUAUGCUACUCAAGCGGCACAUCAGGUCUUCCCAAAGCUGUUAUGAUCUCUCACUACAACGUCAUCGCAUGUACCCUCAUGAUCCAUACCUUUGAGUCCAUAACGCGCGCCCAGGACAACAUCGACACGCAAGUAGCUCUCGGUCUAUUACCCUUCAGCCACAUCUACGGACUCGUUGUAAUCGCCCACAUAGCGCAGUAUCGCGGCGACGAGAUCAUCGUCCUGCAGCGCUUCCAACUCGAACAAUUGCUAGCUGCUAUUCAGAAAUUCCGCAUUGAGCAAUUGAGUGUUGUACCGCCGAUCAUCGUGCAGAUUUUGAGUAACCAGGAUAAAUGCCAGAAAUACAAUCUCGACUCAGUGAGGCUUGUCUUCUCUGGUGCUGCGCCCUUGGGAGGCGAGACGAUUCAGAAGUUACUCGAGUUAUAUCCAAAAUGGCGAAUCAGCCAAGGCUACGGCUUAACGGAGGCUUCACCGUCUGUAUUUCACACCAGCGAAGCAGAUCCCGUUCUCGGCUCAUCAGGCUCUUUACUCCCCGGCGCAAAAGUCAAGAUCAUCGACCAGCACGGCUCUGUAGUCACUGCCUACGAAACACCAGGCGAAUUAUACGUUCAAGCGCCGAAUGUAGUGCUGGGAUAUCUUCAUAAUGAGAAAGCUAACGCUGAGACGUUUGUGCACCGUGAUGAUGGGCGGUGGUUGAGGACGGGCGAUGAAGUCCUCGUGCGGAAAUCACCACGCGGGAAUGAUCAUUUCUUCAUCGUCGAUAGAAUCAAGGAGCUUAUAAAAGUCAAGGGCCAUCAAGUUGCACCCGCAGAACUGGAGGCGCAUCUCCUCGAUCAUCCAUACGUAGAUGACUGCGCAGUCAUAGGCAUUUUGGACGAGCGCGCAGGCGAGGUACCGUUAGCGUUUAUUGUAAAAACGACAAUGGAUUCUCAAUAUCUACUGUCAAGUCUCGUUGACUAUCGCGUUACGAAUGUCACUAUUCUGAGCACCGCCGUUUUGGCGGUUAUAGUGGCGUUCGCCCUGCUAAACCGCCUACUAACUCCCCACAUCGACCCACGCGAACCGCCCGUCUUGAAACCGUCGAUUCCGUGGGUAGGACACAUCAUCGGGAUAAUUCGUCACCAGGCAGAUUACCCCAGAAUCAUCCACAAUGAGAACCCUCACGUCCCAAUCGCGACCCUCCCCAUGCUCAACGGCAAAGUCUACGCCGCCUUCGAUCCCGCCCUCCUCCAGACCCUCCUCCGCAACAAGACCGCGUCCUUCGAGCCCUUUGUGUUCGACUACGCGAAAAAGACCUUUGCGCUGAAGCAGGAGACGUUUGCGAAAGUUAAGGUACCGGGCGUUUACGAUGAAUUCACCGAGGCGAUACAUGCGAGCUUCCAGGUUAGGCAUUUGCAGCAGAUGAAUGUGCAUUUCUUGGGGAGUAUCGCUGCGAAGUUGAACGGCGCGACGAUACGUGCUGAUGCGAUCAAUGCGGGAAAAGAGACGGUCGGCAAUGGAAGACUACACGUUGAGAAUUUAUAUCUUUGGUGUCGCGAUGUUAUGAGUCUCGCUACAACGCGUUCUCUGUACGGCGACACUGAUCCGUUCAAUCGCGAUCCCUCUUUAAUUGAAGACAUGUGGCUUUUCGAAGAAUCAGUCCCCUACUUCCUCCUCUCGCUCUUCCCCUCGAUCACGAUGCCAAAAGCCUACAAAGCGCGCUCCACGCUGCAAAACAUCGCCUGCAAAUGGUACGCCCAAGACCACGACAUCCACGACCCCAGCGUCUCAGCCCUCGUACGGAACCGCGCCGGCGCACUGCGAAAGAACGGUCUUACAGGGUAUGAGAUUGGCAAGUUUGAGGUUAUUCUCCCAAACGUGGCGACGCUUAAUGCCGUGCCGACGUUUUACUGGCUUUUGCUGUACAUCCUCGACCGACCGGAUCUCCUCGCGCGUAUACGAGCCGAAGCUGAGGAUGCAGCUAUUAUUGAGGAGAAUAAUGGGAAGAGGAGUGCGGCGUUUAACAUUGGGGAUUUUGAGGAGAGGAUGCCGCUGCUGGUGAGCUGUUAUCGCGAGACGUUGAGGCUUGCGAACCAGACUCUUAGCAUGCGACGCAUCCUCCAAGACACGAGCGUCACAACACCCGAAGGAACAACGUAUAUUCUCAAAAAGGAUACAGACCUACAACUCCCCGCUGGCGUAGCACACUACGAGGACAGCGUCUGGGGCUCAGACGUCAACGUCUUCAAUCCAGAGCGUUUCCUCCCCGCGUCCAAGGGCAGCGCAGAAGACGAGCGCAAGCGAAAAGCAGCGUACAUACCCUUCGGCGGCGGUCGUCAUCUGUGUCCCGGCCGCAACCUCGCUUUCGCAGAGAUAAUCGGCUUCGCGUCUGCAUUACUACUAGGUUUCGAGAUUGACGCUGUGGGAAUGGGCUUUGGCGAUGUCAAGAAGCUGGGACCGCAACUUGCGGGGGGGACGGUGAGGCCUGAGAGGUAUGGCGCUGGGUUGGGGGCUGGGAUACAGAUGAGGCGGGGUUGGGAGGAUGUGCAGUGGAGGUUUGAGUGUUGA